UCACGUGAUCUCCUCUACGUCAUGUUCGGCACCUGCUGUCAGACAGGAGGAAAGAUGGCGUCGUUAGGGACACCGAUCCUCCUCCAGCGGGUCUCCGGAUCUAUGGUCGUAUUUCUUUGGCUUCUGAGUGUUCUCACCUCGGUACGGUGCGCUGAGCAGGUACCUGUCAUCAUGUGGACAAGUGAAGGGAUCUCCCUUCCACGUCAGCCUCCACCCACUGCAGGUCACAUCGUUGGGCACCAGCAGCUCACCUCCUACUUGGAAAAGGCUUUGAACAUCGGUCCCCGAAAUGUCGUGUUGUUCCUUCAGGAUAAGAUGAGCAUUGAGGACUUUACCAUGUAUGGAGGAGCCUUUGGAAACAAGCAAGAUGGCGUUUUUCCUAACCUUGAGGGAGCUCUUCAGUCCUCCUCUUCUUCUCUGGUUUUACCUGCUGUAUCUUGGCCCGCCUCCAACGCUGUGAUUGGUCAACUACAGGACCAGUUAGAAACAUCCCCUCUGUAUAUGGACCCUGAGACCCUGAGCCAGCUGAGACUGAACGCCUCGUCUCCAGCUCUGCUGGUGUUCAGAUUCCCUUACGGAACCGGGUCGGAUCUGUUGUCUGCAAAAGAAAUUCUCAGUGGGAACGAUGAGGUCAUCGGUCAGGUGAUGAGCAUCAUGAAGUCCCAGUCGGUCCCAUACACAGCCAUCUACACAGGCCUGCAGCCCUCCAGGAAGGAAGCAGCAUCCCUGUCGGUGGAAGCUGGGCUGGGUGGAGGACGCUCCCUGUUGCAGGCUAGAGGUGGACACAAGGACAGAUGGAGAGACCGGGAACGCCAGCAGCGGGUCAAGGAAAAGCCUGGAGUCUACCCUCCUGUGGAGUUCAAGGAGGAUGACAGAACCUGCAUGCUGCUGUGGGCUAAAGGCCUGACGGUGAGCAUUCUUCGGAACAACCACUGGGAAGAGCAUGACCUGACCCCGUUUACCUUUGGUGAAGGAGUUAGUCCCAAACUACAUGGCUCCAACUGUGACAAAAGCAAAGGAAGGUUGGUUCUGAACUAUGAAAACGUCCUCGGUCACCGUAGCUUCAAACUGAUCUUUGUAAUGAGCGAGCGCCACUACAAGGUGUCUGCGCGCCGCUGGUUCACUCUGGACGCCGUGGAGCUGGAAUAUGACGGGACCAAAGCCACGUUCAACGGAAGCAGGAACAUCUACGCCCCUGCUGAGUACUCGUACCGCUGCAAGUCCGUCACCAGCUUCCGUUGGCCGCUGCUCAUCCCACGUUCUUCCAAAGACCCGGCCAAUCAGUGGAGGGUCUCCUUUGAUGAUUUUCAGAUCCAGGGCUUUAACUUGAUCGGCAGUGAAUUUUCAUACGCCAGCGACUGUGCUGGAUUCUUCUCUCCUGGGAUCUGGAUGGGUCUGCUGACUAGCCUGCUCAUGGUGCUGGUGCUGACGUACGGCCUGCACAUGAUCAUGCAGCUCCUCACCAUGGACCGCUUCGACGAUCCCAAAGGUCCCGGCAUCUCCGUGCCCCAGACGGAGUAACACAUCCGCAGGGUGUCCCCUGCCUCCAUCCCUCCUCCUGUCACUGCACUGAACCCCUUCCAUCCUUCCUAUCCAUCACAUUCCAAGCGUAACUUGCAGAUCAAUCCGUGGCAUCAUCAUCCAUCCAUCACUAAAUAAAUGUAUGAGUGUAAACCUUAAAUGUGUAUCCUGAGACUAAAGAGUCUGAUGUUUAGGUGGUUAAACACUCACACAAUCUGGGUCCUUUAAGACCUCCAUGUGUUUCUAUGUGACCCAUACAGAGAUAAUGACUCCGUAUUUAUUAAAUGGUUAUGAGACUAUUUAUUGUUGAUAUUGCUGUGCUUAUUGUAAAGUUUGAGUUUACAUUUGGUGUAAUGUAGAUAUGCAAGAUUAUUAAUUGAAGUAUUACCCUUCGAAUUAUAACUUAUGUUCAUAACAUUCCAUUGUUGUGCUGUAAUGUUGCUGUGAAAUAAAACAUCUUAAAGGUG